AAUUUAAAUAAAAUCAUAUUUUUGCAAAAUGAAUUCAUUCUACAUGUUGUAACUGGAAACUAUAAUGCAUUUUGUUUAUUAACUAAUUUUUUAAAUUUGUUUUGUAGUAGAGAAAUGUCUACUAUGAUAUUGUAUAAAUUGGAUAAAAGUGAACUUUUUAAAAAUAUCACCAUUUUUUCUUUCAUCGAAGGCCGAUUAUUGGCACUUUUUCAAUUAAAUAAUAAUAGUCUUGUUUUAAAGGAACUUGUCGAAUUUGACAAAUUAUUUUUUUUGGAUUGGCAGUGUCAAAUAUUUCAAUUUAACCACUCUCUAGAAACAUAUAAUGGCCUUACAAAAAUAUUGUUUUUAGACAGAAAUGAAGAAUUUAGUUUAACAUUAGAUUUUAUACCAAUUGAAAAAGAUUUGACAAUGAUAGCUGAUGCCUCUGACGUAGAAUUGUUUCAAUAUUACUUUGACGAGGAAACUAAAACCAUAACAAAUAAUGGACUAAUUAAACAUUCAUUUGUCAUAAAAUUGUUUUGCAAAAAGGAUUACUUUUUACACCCUCAAAUUUAUCACAGUUUAUAUACCAAAUCUAAUCUUACAUCUUUACUAAAUCAAAAAGAUACUGAAAUGCCCAUAUCUGUAAAUAUGAGGUUUUAUCCGUUAUCUCAAACUCUCCAAUCUUGUAACAUCAGAACUUACAAGAUUUUAAAUAUAUGGGUUGGUUGCCCUCCUUUAAGUAGAAUUUUCAUAUAUUCUGAUUAUAAAAUAUCUUUUGAUAAUAUAGUAUUGGAAAGCAAUCACUUCAAUUUUAAUGCCACUGAAAUCUUACAUGUCCAAGACACUAUGUAUUUUAAUUCUAAAAGAUUAAUAGAUCCUGAAAAUUCUUUUACAGUAGCUUUUGCUGAAAAUUUUACACCAAUUAUGGCAAUAUAUUCCCCUCUGCAGUAUCCACAACAAACUCCUAAAAAUGUUUCCGACGCUAAAUAUAUUAUUGUUCCAUUGGAUGUACAAAAAGAAAAUUACCUGACUAACUUUGCAAGUGACAUAAUUUACAAUAAAGAAAGUAUCACUAAAACAAUUAAUUGUAAGAAAAUAGAGUAUAAAAACUUGCUUAAUUAUGAUGAAAUAAAAGAUACGGAUACUUAUAUUCAUUGUUCACAUAGUCAUUCCCAGGGAAGCAUAGAUGAGCCUUUGUACUUGAAUUCAAAUUAUACUGUAACUAAUUUGAAUGGUUAUUUAGUCCAGUUUCCAAUUUUGAGGUGGACUGAUAUUAGCCAUAUAAAUCAAAAGUUUACAUUUUACGUACAGAUAAUGGAUGAAACUGUCACCUUUUGCGAUGAUUUGUUUGGGUUUAUCGGCAUUUUUAUUAGCGAAUCAAGUGUUGGCGACAUCAACAGCACAAAAGAUCUGCCAAUCAACACAAAAUCAUUAAAUACGAAUGUGUUCAGAGCGUGGUUACAAGAUAAUAUGAUGACUUUAUCUCGCCGGGAUCAAAAAGUUGUCAAUUUUGUAUUGCAUGAACUUCUAGAUUCUUCCGAUUAUCGUUUGGAAGGGAUACAUUAGAUCACUCUCUUUGGGAUCGGUUCAGCACAGAUCUGACAAACAUCGAUAAUACCGUCAUACGUUUAUUAGCCACUGUCGAUAUCACCCUUGGUAAAGCUUUAGAAAUGGUUACGGAUAUGGAAAAAUAUCGAGAAUAAGAAUUAGCUAAACUGCAUUCGAGAUUGAAGAAUAAAGGAAAUAUGUCCAAUUAGUGGGAGUUAUGAUAAAAAUGACAAUAAUAAUAAGCCCAUAUUCAAAAGACCUUACACACGUACCAUUUUAGGGUCUCAUUUUUGUAAUCGCUGCCAUUCUAAAUCAGCUAUAUGUUACGGCUGCAGUAAAGUGGAACACUUGCUCUAAAAUAUGUAGAAAUAAAAUUUUAUUAAUAUCUUCAAUUCAUAAUAGUUCGAAGAUUAUUAAGACAAGUAAGGCCGUUCCUCGUGUAUUUCAGCAAUUCAAUUGCAAUUAACAAUGGAUAGAUACAAUAUAAGGUUCAAAUUCAUCCAAAGAUUUUAUAAAAAAAUAAUAUGAUAAUUCAAUCACAAUCUUUCGAAUUUUUAAUUUAUAUCCAACCUCAAGUUUUUCGUAUAUCACGAGCCGGCAAGAAUAUUUUGGGACUAGAUAUUAUAUGAAAUCCAGAAUUACUGAGACAAUACAUUGGCGAGAACGAUGAAAUACGUGAGUGCAAUUGGUUCAAAGAGUUUCCAAAAAUUAUUUGAAGAUAAGUUUGAUACCCUAAAGAAUUUCAAAGAUUUUCUACAAUCGAGAAAUAACGUACCUAAGAAUAAUUUUCCCUGGUCCUGACAAAUUCCAUAUGCUUAUAAAAGACAAAUAUAAAAACGCAAUACUAAUGCAACGAGAACGACGCUGGAACCAAUCAAUAAUUUGUGGAGAUUUCAGAUGCAUGAAUAUUUUAUGACGGAUAAGUACCCAUUACUUUACAAUCCAAAACAUUUUUAGUCAGAUUGGACACGUAAUAUGAUAUUUUUCUCUAAAGGAAACGAAGGAUGCGUAUUUACAACUCAAAUUAGAUUACGAGUCAAAAAUAAAUUAGCCAUGAUUAAUACACCUAUUGGUCUUUAUCAAUCGCCCUAUCACUGGGAGGGGGAGUGUAACUUGGGAAUCACUAAUGGCGCGGAAACACAAAUGUUGGUGAACAACCAAUAGCGAUUGAUCACAAAUCAUGAGAUAUAAGAGUUUAAAAAAAAUUUAAUAUAGGUAUGCGGCUGAGUAAAUUUUAAAAAUAUAUAUUAUUAAUAUAUGUACCGCCAAUAUUAUAAUUGCGUAUUUUCGUUAGCUAAUUUUUAUGUUUAGUUCUUAUUUUUCCUGAUUUCAAAAUAAUAUAUAUAAAUUGUUAAUAAAGAUAAAUGUUG